CUUCGGAUUCUCGUUUCCGCGCCGAACCGUUUCCACGCCGACCGCCUCGUCCUAUGCGCUCGUCCCUGUGAUCCGACUCCAACCGCCUCGCCCUCGUCAUUUUUUCUAAGCGCUGUGCUUGUCGUCGCGCGCUAAUUUCCCCUCCGGCCGUGUCUGUGAUCCUCUUCUUCCUCCCCGUUCGUGUUUUCCCUCGCAGUGAUCUGUGUGUCCAGAGUGUCAAGUGAUACCCGAAUUUUGGAGUUAUAAUCUCUUCGACUCUCAUCAUUCAACUCCGCCACCAUGAAUUUCUGGGUGAGGUCGGGGGUGAUAACCUUCCUGAUCUUAAUACUUUCCGGUGUAGUCAAAGCUCACCUCCACUUUAUACGUCUGGCCUUACUUGCCGCCAUGGGUCUCAUCGGCUUGUACCUCAUCCACAAAUUGGCCCAGGACUGGAACAAAAUCCGUGGAGGUGGUGGAGGAGGUGGAAGGCCGGGGAGAGUCCUGGGGCUCUUCAAAAGAUCUGCUCCGGAAUACACCGAGCUAGAUCAAAUGGUUGAUGACUCUUUCGACCACCUACCAACAUUCGAGUCAAUUCUAAGUCAAGACCCAAUGGGUUGUGCACGUCGGUUGGUGUGCCAAAUCGCAGCUAAACCAACUAAAGACCUGCAGCCUGACGAAAAACAAAUCCUCAGUGUUCUCAGCGCCGAGGACGGAUUCGGUCCAGACCCUGCUCGAGACCAGUUCAAAGCUGCAGCAGCACUGGGCCGAAAAAAACGCUCUGAGUUCGUUUGCUUAAAAACCUUCAGAAAAUGCCACUUCACCGCCAACCAGAUGCUUAAACUUGUCAGGCUCUUCAGCUGAUCUGAAAUAAUCAAAGUCAUCUUAACAGCAAAAACCAAAAAAAAUCGAUAAUGUUUAAGCCUUAUAGUUCAUGUAAGUAAAUUUGACCGUAGUUUUACGAACACAGUUGAGCAUCUGCAUGUGUGAGAUAGUUACCCGCAAUGAACCUGAAGUUACCUUUUUUGAGACCAACGUUCAGCUGAUGUAGAUUAGUUUGUCCAGUCAUAUCUGUCCAUUGACGUUUUUUAAGUCAUGAAAAUAGCUCUAUCUUUCUCUCCGUUCGAAAAAUUGAACAUAAUGUCAUAUUUUCAAACUUGCCA